UGUGUGCAGUGGGGGAGGUGCCAGAGCUGAUCAAGCAGUGUAAUUUUAUACAUUACUGAAUCAGUGCAGGAGGAACCUGGAGGGACAAAGCAUCAUCUUCUCUUUGAACUGCACUGUAAAACCCGACCGCUCUCGUAGCCCAGCCAUGCUCUGAUACGAUUUUUCUCUCCUUUUUCCCCCGAUUUUGGUGUGAAUGAUAAAGUGAUCUGAUGAUGGCUCUCGUUAUGGAACCUAUUAGCAAGUGGACGCCCAAGCAAGUAGUGGAUUGGAUGAAAGGCCUCGAUGAUUGCCUCCAACAAUACAUCAAAAACUUUGAGAGGGAGAAGAUCAACGGGGAGCAGCUGCUGCACAUCACUCACCAGGAGCUGGAGGAGCUGGGGGUGACUCGCAUUGGCCACCAGGAGCUGAUCCUGGAAGCUGUGGAUCUGCUCUGUGCGUUGAAUUACGGUUUGGAGACUGAAAACCUGAGGACUCUGUCUCACAAGCUGAAUGCCUCAGCCAAAAACCUCCAGAACUUCAUCACGGGUAGGAGGAGGAGCGGCCACUACGAUGGCAGGGCCUCCAGACGGCUGCCAAAUGAUUUCCUUACCUCUGUAGUUGACCUGAUUGGUGCUGCCAAGAACUUACUCGCCUGGCUGGACAGGUCUCCGUUUGUCAGCGUGACAGAAUAUUCACUGCUGAAAAACAACAUUGUUCAACUGUGCCUGGAACUAACAACCAUUGUGCAACAGGAUUGUACGGUGUAUGAAACAGAAAAUAAAAUUCUUCAUGUGUGUAAAACCCUGUCUGGGAUCUGUGACCACAUCAUUUCCCUCUCCUCUGACUCUCUGGUGUCCCAGUCUGCUCAUCUCGAGGUCGUUCAUCUCACCAGCAUCAUGCCCAGUGAGGGGCUGGGAAUGUAUAUCAAAUCAACAUAUGAUGGACUACAUGUAAUCACAGGAACAACAGAAAAUUCUCCUGCUGACCAGUGUAAGAAAAUCCAUGCUGGUGAUGAGGUGAUCCAGGUCAACCACCAAACUGUGGUUGGCUGGCAGUUAAAGAACCUAGUAAAUGCACUGUGGGAAGACCCAAAUGGAGUGAUUUUAACCUUGAAAAAACGUCCUCAGAAUACCCUGGUUUCUGCUCCUGCCCUUCUGAAGAAUGUCAGGUGGAAGCCUCUGGCCCUGCAGCCUGUGAUUCCAACCAGCCCCACGAGCAGCUCUACAACCCCAACGAGUACCAUGGGCAUGCCCUCAAAAAUGGACAACUCUGCACUCCAGGAUGUUUUCAUUCUCUCCCCUAUGUCAGGACUUUAUGGCCCCAGGGAUGAAAUUGGAAUCAUGUCUUGUGACGACAUCAGCAAGUUUGGAAAGCCUGGGAUGAAGGGCUCAGAGUCUCCAAACUAUUUCCUGGAGCACGAGAGUGGGAAAUUCUACACGCUGAUCGAGGGGGAAGGACACCCCGGGGGCUCCGAGUACGAGAGGAGCAGAGCCCCAGGCGUGAGGAGAAGGGAGAAAACCCCAACCCAUGGAGAUUUGAGGCCAGUCUCGAUGCCCACUGAGUACAGCUGGAUUGGGGAGCCCAAAGAACAGAACAUGUACAAGAGGGGAAGCAGAGACUCUGAGAACUCGCUGCUGCGCUACCUGAGCGAUGACAAGAUCCUGGUGAUCCAGGAGGAGCCCCUGGCGCAGAAGGACAGCAAGAGGGACACGGCCAGGAGGUCCAGGAGGAAGGGCAAGGGGCCAGGGACCCCCGGCUUCCCCAUCAGCCCCUCGGUGCUGGCCUCCACCAUGAGCAUCAGGAUGGAGCCGGGGCAGCAGGACGUGCUCGGCUUCUCGCUGGCAGAGAACAACACUGUGCCCCUCUACCACAGACCAGGGGAUCCAGUCAGCGGAGAUACUGAAAGAUAUGCAAGUUCUGCCAUUGACCAUCCAGGAAACACAUCCAUGAGGAAGUCAUUCCAUUACGCUUCCCUCAGGGUAAAAAGCAGGAAAUGGUCAAAAGGGGGGUCCCUGUCCAGCGUGAGCCGCAGGCGAAUCUCCUGCAAGGACCUGGGCCACGGCGACUGCGAGGGCUGGCUCUGGAAGAAAAAGGACGCCAAGGGCUAUUUCACCCAGAAAUGGAAAAAGUACUGGUUCAUCCUGAAGGAUUCCUCCUUGUACUGGUACACAAACCAGAAUGAUGAAAAAGCAGAAGGAUUCAUUAGUUUACCUGAAUUCAGGAUAGACAGAGCAAUUGAAUGCAGACGAAAACAUGCCUUCAAAGCAUGUCACCCCAAAAUAAAGAGUUUCUACUUCGCAACCGACUGCCUUGAAGAGAUGAACAGAUGGAUGAAUCGUCUGGGUCUCGCAGCAAUUGGUUACACACCUGAUGACAAGGAUAUUCACCCAGAUGAAGAUUACUGGAGCGAGAGCGACCAGGACGACAUGGAGGGCUCGCUGACGCUGAAGCAGGAGGGCUCCUCCGCGCUGUGUGACAGCUACCACCGCACCCCCUCAGUGAACUCCUCAAGCCCAUUCCCCGAAGCCAAGCAAGGCCGACACUUUUCCAGCGAAUCCACGUACUCCCAUUCCUCGGCCGAGGAGUCCGAGCGGCCGGCCCGGAAUGUCACCGGACAGACGGAGACAAGCCACGCUGCCCGUGCAGAGGCGCCACAACUUUGAGCAGGAUGGGCCUUUUCCUCUGGUGGAGUGUCCCAGGGGACACGGCUCCCACGGGCGGCCCCAGAAACCGCGCAGCCAAAGCCUGCCCCGGAACAGAGACGUGCGCGGGAAGGGACGCGUGAAAUCCAUUGAGGACACCGACGACAGCCUGGAUGAGAAGGUUCCUCUUAGAAGGCACAAUAGUUUCUGUGCAGAAGAAAACGUAAAAGAAAUUGAAGAUAUCACAGAUGGUCUGCAAGAGCUCUACAGAACUCUGGAAGAAGCCAGUCUGUCAGCUUUCGGAGAGCAGCGUCCCUCCACCAAGCAGGAGUUCCGCAAGUCCUUCGUGAAGCGAUGCAACGACCCAGUGAUCAACGAAAAGCUGCACCACAUCCGAGUCCUCAAGAGCACUUUAAAAGCAAAGGAAGGGGACCUCACAGUAAUCAACAGCCUUCUGGACGAUCCCAACUUAACAUCCAAGAAGUUCAAAGAUUGGAAACUAAAGAACUAUGAGUUUUUCCUGGACAUUUGUGAGUACAGUGCUGCUGGGAAGUCUCAAAACGGAGCCUCUGAACUGGCAAGCUCGGCCCCAAUGCUGACACACACACACUCCUUCAUCGAGACUCACGUGUGACAGCAGCUCAGCCUGGCCACUGCUGGGUGCCUGACAGAGGCAGGCAGACAAACCCUGGGGAAUUUAAGGUACUCAGCAGUACUGUAAAUACUUGGGUAAGAGAAUAGUGCCACAGGAUGCCUACUACAUUGCAUGAUAAGACAAUAAUAUUCUUUAUGAAUUUUUUUGUUUGCUGUUAUCAACCAAUGUCCGUAUCGAGCUCUGCAUUAGGAAGAAGCGGUGCAGAAGUGUAACUGAAAAUAAAUACCAGUAUAUUUAAAGUACUGUACUAAAACUCAGCUUAUAGUAUGAGCUCCUGCAAUCAUUUUAUAUAUUUAGAUAUAUAUAAAAUCAUAUCUAUGUAUAUAAAAUGUAACAUGGUAGUUGACAUUUCCUUUUAAAAUUCCCUAAAGUUCACAUUUUCACACAUUUUUUCUUGAGAAAAAAUAUAAAAAAUGAAGACAUGAAUACAUUGGCCACUCUUAGAGAUGAACUUUUAUUUUUGCAACAUUUCCAGGUAGUGACCAUCUUUGCAAAUAAAAGGACAGAGUUAUCAAAAUGUAAACUCAAUCCCUAUAGUGUGCCUUAAAAUGUACACUGUACAUCUAAGAAAUAGAUCCCAGUCUGGCCCUAUGGGCACUCUGUACAUGCCAUUUAAAUACUGUGUUUGUAACGUGCUGUGCCUGCCUUUAAACGAAGGAGCACGAGCAAGCAGGUUUGGCACAGAGGUAAGAUACGAGUAGAACAAUAUUGGUUGUUCACUAAUGCUGCAACUUAAACAGGUUUUAAUAGGAUUUGAAGUAUUUCAUGGUGAAAGAAAAAGAAAUCUGCACUGAGUAAGGUACAUACUGCAGGUUUUCAUCGUUUCUUCACUGUGAAUUGAAGUGACACAUGACUGUGAGUCACAAAAUUCAAAAAAAGCAUGAGAAUGAAGCUAAAAAAACCUCCUGAACUAAUCAAUUACAUUCUGUGAUACACUGACAUCUAUAGCUGAGUUAAUAAUUCAAAAUUAUGUAAUGUCUGGCAAUAAUUUUUAACUGCUAGCAGUACAUUUGCAAGUGGGUGAAGUUAUUCUAAACAUCAUUCAAAAACCAAUCGGUAUUGAUUGGUUUGGGAAGACACACAAGUCACACAGUGGAUUUCACUUCCUUGCCUGGGUGAGAAUGGUUUGGAAGAAUCGGGUUUUGGGGAAAAUACUUGUAUUCUUGGGGGGGAAAAAAGAUUGCUCUGAAUGCUACUAACAUAGAUUUCAAAGCCAUUCACAGUUUGCUUUGACUCUGCUUGUAGAAUAGUUCUAAAAGGCAGAAUGAAGGGGAUGUGAACACAGCUGAUGUCAUUUCACUGAAACAGAUUUCACUGAUCAUUUUUUCACAAGAUAAACCUAAUUGUCUCUCAUCCAUCAAGGACUGUAAAAUUCAUGUAGUUCAGUAUAAUAGAGGAAAAAAUGUCAUCUCAGUGAGGUCCUAGUAUCCAGGAAGAGAUUUCAUUGUUCCAAAGCCAGACCAGGUGAAGGUGUCCUGGGUGCUCAGUUCUGUCUCCACAGUAGAGGGGGGCUGACCUUGGCUGGACAGGAGGGGGAAAUUGCUACAGGAAAGCUCCUGGGUUGAGACAAAGACAGGGAGAUCACCUGCUAGUGGUUAUUGUAGGCAAAACAAACCUGACUUGGGGAAAAUUCACUUAUUAACAAUUUAAAAUACCAUUGCAUAGCAAAAAACAAAGACAAAAUUAAAAACACCUUUCCUUUGCCUCCCCCCUUCUUUCCCGUCUUAAUUUCAUUCCUUUAUUUCCAGUGAGCAACAGCAUAAAUUAUAGAAUCCAUUUAGAAAUUAAUUCAUGUUAUACAUGCAAGCAGUGAUGGAUGGUCACAGAAAUAGUUACAUAGAUUAAACUGUCUAAAUUCCUAAAGAAAUGUAAAUAUGCCUAUUGUUUCAAACCCAAAAGAUGGUUUGUGCUUUCAUAAUGAAAAUAUCUAUAUUGUUUCCAAAUAGCUUUCCAAAAGGAUUUCAAAUGCCACUGCUUUAUCACUCAAGACAUAACUGAGCAUAUUCAGUGAAGUCACAAGCAAGCAGAGAAUACUACUUAAAGAUACAGCUGAAAAUGAGAAACAUAAUUGGGAAGACAGAUUUCUCAGAAAUGACACAAAUAGUAGGGAAAACAGAUCAUCUCUGUUUUAAGUUUAAAUACAAUUUCUGAAAUAUGAAUAGAUGAGAUAAAUAGUAGAUAGUUCAUACUUUUGCUCAGCUUAUCUUUAAAAAUCCUUCAGUGUCAUGAGAUCAUCUUUUCUGAAAUUCUUGGAAUUGUGAGUCUGCAUUCUGCUCUUGCAGAGCAGCUCUCAGCAAAUGUGAUUUGCACUGAAUAGGCCAAAUAAAUUGUCCAGGAGAUUCAUGAGAUGAAAUGAGAUGAGAUACACUGGAGAAAUUCCCUCUAAUGGGCUUAAGAUUAACUGGGAGAAAAGUCUGAACCAUUUGUCUGGCAUUGCUUGUGCCUUAGAGCAAGCAAAAUCUAAUUGCUAAAUUAAGCAAUACAAAGACUCUAUUCUUUCACAAAUGUCAGCUGGCAUUUGGAAGCCAUUUCACAAGAACUAGUCAUUCUCCUGGCACAUUUCCUGAACCCCACCCUGCAGCCCUUCCCUCUCAGCCAUGGGUUCUUCCUUCUGGAAGUCGGUUCCAAUCUAAAUGGACGGCAGAGAGAAUGUGCACAGUCACCACAGCACAAUUAUUUGGAUUUUCACCACCUUUGAACUCACUGGAAUGCAAAGUGCAAUACAGAUAAUGUAUUUAAAAAUUCAUGCACCAAGUCCUGCUUAUGUAUUAAAGUACAUCCAAUUCUCUGGACCAACAGGAACUUGAACACACAGUACAAAGCAGCUGGAAUUAUUGUGGUCGUUUUGAUGCCAUAUUUUUGGAAAAGAACAAGGUUUGGCUGCUGAGUUCAUCAAGGGAAAUAAAUAGCACCUGUACAAUAGAUUUAUUAAUUUACCAGUUUUCCUGCCUGAAUUCUCAGGUAAAACUUGGUUUUUAACAUAUACAACAACAUGGAAAUGUUGUUUGGAUGUGCUUUAUUUAACUGGAUCUUAUUAAAGUUAGUGUCUUCAUUCAGAAUUGCUUCAGGUAAAAUGUCUCAGCCCAUACACUUUCUCUGACACUCCACAAGCUGAGUCUUUUUGUUCCGGCUAUUUUUCAUUACAACUGAUUUAAUGCUCCCCCUGAGCUACUGAUUCCCCUCCUUUUUUAAUACUGUUCUGUAUUCAGUGACAUGUCAGAUCUUUGAAAGUGUCUUAAUAGCUCUCUCGGCAUCACUUCCUGAGAGAACCAAGACAUUUCUCUUGGUUUCAUUACUUUAAGUGAAAACUACCCUGAGCUUGCUCUAAUUGACACGAACAAAAACCAGAGGAGGAGGAGGAGGAGGAGGGGGUUGUUAUCAGGACAUUCAGCUCUGGCUGCUGCCUUUUGAGCUGGGAAUGUGGUGCUCCACUGGUUUUUCCAAGGAAAAAGAAAUGAGUGGAGCAGAGAAUUGUGCAUGGCCUCCUCUCCCUCCUCUCAGCAGUUACAGCUCCUUCUCCAAGGUCCUGUGAAGGACAGCACAGGUACCUUUGAAGGAGUUCCUUUACAGUGGCUCUGGGAAGGGCUCAGCCUCCUCGAAAAUGGUACAAUUCUGCUGCUGACCUUUAGGAGAUUUCACUUUAAAUGUUAAUAGGACCUCUGGGAGAAAAAUGAAGAAUCUGGUAGAAAUUGUUUAACUCAACAGAAAUCUGAGGAGAACAAAGAACAUUCUUUUCUUUGUCUCAAGUAAUGUAAAUGCAAAAGGCCAAGAUUAUCACAGAUCUUAUUUGCCAUAUUCUUUCCUCAUGUGGUCUUACUGUCUUCCAAAGUGAUAAAAGCAUUCUUUCUGCCAAAAAUAGCAGUAUUUAUGACCAAGAUGAUAUAGCUGGGGCCUGUUGAUCCUUGAGGAGAGACAGCAGAGCUAUUUUGUGGUAAUUCACCAACAGUUGGUACAAACCCUUCAUGCAGUGGGGAACAAAGUCCUUCAAAGAUGGUUUGUGUAAAAGGACCCUCGGCUAAGGCACGAUGCAGCACAACAAACCCAGCCCCCUCUGCAAUGCCUGUCAGCUGCCCCUGAACUAGAGAAUGACAACAGACAAUUUAAUUAUACUUUAAACACUCAAUUUGUCAGUAAACCAAGUCUUGUCUCUCCACAGAGGUUCUGUCUCCAGAGCCAGUCUUAGGGAGAUUCCUCAAGGAAGAGAGCCCAGGCCUGUCUGUAUUGCUGGGCCCCAGCCUGAACCCCAUUCAGGGCAUGCCUGGGUUCCCCACAUUUAAUGUUAGAGAAAUAAGUGUUGGCUGGGUCUCAUAAAGGAUUUUAUUCUCUCCUCAGUUUUUAUUCUCUCCUCAGUAGCAACAGUAGGGAAUGGUGCUGUAGGGCAGCCAGAAGGGCACAGGUUUUCCAUGGUAGCUUUUCCAUGUGCCUCAUGCCUUGGGCCACAGCACAUCACCUUCCCUGCUGCCAAAUGAUGUUUAUUUACCACUAGGACCAAAAAUGGGAAAUAACAGGAAAGACUGAAGAAGCAAUAUUAGCUAUUUAUUUCUAUUUAGUAUUAAAAAGCUCUUUUUCUUCCAGAAUGUUUCCUUCACCAAAGCUGAGGCUCAGGGUAGGUUUCCCAGGCAGGAUGCUGUGGGGAAGGGUCCUCCAUCUCCUCUCUCAGAUGAAUUCACACUGUGUAAUGUGAAUUCACAGAGCCUCAAGGCUGAGGCUCUUGAUGGGUGUUAAGUGGGCACAGAUCUGAAAAUCCCUUCUGAAAAUCACAUCUGAGCCCUAUCAGCUGUUGUAUGGAAAUUUCAUGGCUAUUUAAACCAAAACUAGUAAGUUGUAUUUCCUUACUUGAUGUUUAUAGUUAUUUUCUUUGCUCCCAUUACCCACAAGUGAAAUGUGAUGUUUCUGAUCAGUUCCACUCUCUAACAUGUGGGCAGGGAACGCUUCACUCUGGAUAUAACUAACAGAAAAAGAAACAUGUUUUAAAGCUUAUUUUCUAUAUUUUACGGGUUAAACCACUCUUGCACAUCCAGGAGGAGGUUUAUAAAUAAUAUUGUUUAAAUUUUUAUCAGGUUUGAAGACAGGUGAUAUACUACUGGGACCUCCUCUUAAUAAAAAUAUUUAAAUAAUUCAGACAGAAACUGCCUUCAGGAAAAGAACCAUAUUCACUCUUAAUGCAGGCCAGACAGAUAUAUCCUUAUUUUUAUCAAGAACAUACAUGUGUUAGAAGUGACAGUUAGGGACUUUAAGCAUUAAUGCCACUGUGUGAGCAGUAUUUGAAAGAAAGCAAUGUUGUAAAAAUGAUCAAAUAUGUCGACAACCUGCUGUUUGACCAGCUAGGCCCUGUAGCUUCUGUCCUCACAUUUCUAGAAUAUUGUUCAUGCUCAGGCGUUGGUGAGGGUAUCAAUACAGAUCUUUUUACUAACAGUAAAUGUGUCUGUCCGAAUGCUGCAGAUUAACUAAGGAUGUCACAUUAUACAUAUUAACUAUUGCAUUUUUUCACUAGCAACCACAAAACAAAUACGUCUUAACAAACUGUGUUCGCUGGCCAAAACACCAGUAAGACCCUGUAACCAGUUAAGACUUCUGUUUUACUGAGAAACAAGGAUUUCAGCUUGAAAAUCUGAUGAGAAAACAGGUUAGGAUGUAAGAGAAAUGCACUAGUAUUAAUAAACGUUUUACAUUUGACACAUACUGUAUUACAAAGACAAUAUCCUUGUAAGACCAUUAAUUGCUGGGCCAUAGGUGACUUCCAUCUAGGUUACUAAUAGCUAAUAAACCUUGUACAGAGCCUUUUUUAGAUAACGCUUACAUGUAUGGAAAUGUAUGACACCCUUGUACUAUGGCUUGCACUUUACUUGCAUUAAACUGUGAAGUAGGCUGUAGUAAUGUCUUUGUAUAUUCAGGGGUUGAAAUACCAAAGCACUGGAGUAUCGUACUGCUGGUGUUCAACCUGUCCAACGUGCUGACAACGUGUAUUUUGCAAACCCCACCAACUUCAAAUCUUUGGCAAAUAACGCUAUGGGGUCUCCAUGGUCUUUGUUUCUUUGUAAAUAUAAACAUUCUUACUGUUUCUGUAGCAAUAGGAGGUUAUAAACCAAACUUUCACUAGGACUGUUUUCAAUAACAAAAAACGAAAAAAUAAAUAAAAAUCUAUAGCGCCUUGUAAAAAAAUCAUGGAGACUCCAUGACCUGUGGGCAUUUUUGUUUACAAGCAGUAUGUAUAUAUGUAUUAGAGGCAGAACUGUUAUUUAUCACAAAGUUAUAUUGUGGAUGAUUCUUUCUUAAAUAAAUAUAUGUUUUCUGUCAUUAAGAAAAAUAAGUAUUUUAGAGCCAUCCUGAGAAAUUUGAAGUGUCAAGCUUCAAAUAUGAGUAAUCUUCCAUGUUUCAGCCUUGUUUUUCUAAUCAGCUGGGAGAUGAACUGAGAGGCAGUGGAAAACCACCUGUCCAUGCCAGGGAAAUGCUGGAGUUGUACAUUUUUGAGCAUUCUGCAACUUUUCUAUAGUGCCCAUCCUGCUUAAUGCUUUGACAAGCAGAUGCUCCAUCAGUACCACAGUAAAUCCCUCAGCUCAUGGAUGCUGCAGAGAGAAAACCAAUGGUUCUAGACUAAAACAGGUCAAACGAGGUUUCAACCCCUGGAUAACACAGUAUUUCUUCAGUUUCACAACAGUAUUUUUAAUUUUAUACUUGUCUAUGUUGAGAGAUAAUCCAAUAGUUUCUAUAGGCAAUGAACAUUAGGUUUCUUUUUUCCCUCUUUCCAGAUGAGUUCUGUGUGAAUUACUGUAACCGGCUGCGUUUUCUAUCACAGAUUAAUAACUUGUUAACUUUUUGUGUGUCUACAAUGAAAAUUUAUGAAUGGAAAACUUCACUGUGUGUUGCUCACUGGGCAUAUACCUCAUGGUACAUUGCACAGACGUGUAAGUCGUAAGUUGCACUGCAACAUUAAAAAAAGGAACAUAUUGCUCUUUUUUCAAAGAUAUUAACUUAUUUAAGAGAUAUAGUCUGUACAUUAUUAAAAAAAACAAAA